AUGUUCUCACCGAGAGGCGUCGCCUUCCCUGCUCUCUCCCUCCGUCCUCCUUCCCCUGCAAAACCCCUUAACCUAACUAACCUACCUAGCCUCGCGAUCCUUCGACCAGUCGACCAUCAGCCUCGCGCCUCCGAAUCCCUCCUCCCCCUCCCCCCUCCGCUCCUCCCUUCUCCUGGCUCGCCCGCAGCCCGGCCGAAUCUCCUCGCUCCACUCCGCCGACGCGCGCCGGUCCUCUCCCCGCUCUCCGACCCGACCGCCCUCGCCGCCCACCUCUCACUCCGGCCUCUCCUCCUUCACCGCGCCAACUCCGCCUCGCGCGCCUCGACCGUCCUCUCCUCCGCCGCCUCCAUUCCCCGCCUCCUCCUCUUCUCUCCCCCCCGACUCAACCUCCGCGCGCCAUCGCGAGUGGAACACCCACACGCCCCCAGCCGCCGAUUUGCAUCCGCCCACACGCCCCGGAGCCCCCCGCGCCCGCGCCUCGGCCCCUGCCGCGCCGCAUCUACGGCCGCCCGAGGCAGUCCGCCGCCCUCGUCCUCGGCGCCUCGCCGCCGCGCUCGAGCGGCGGCGGCGCGAGAUCGGCUCCCCCCUCCCCCGCCCGCGGUCCCCGCAGUUCCCCUGGCGCGGAGUUCAACAAGCCUCGCGAGGAGAUCCCCUAAAACUUCGCGCGGGUUCGCCGGGGUGGUGGAGGCGGUGCCGACGCCGUAA